AUGGACUUGAAGGUUAAUAUUGCCGCACGGGUCGAGCCGAUGAGUUCGGUGCGGGAAAAGGCCGUUCGUGCCUGGGUUAUGACCACACCCGAUCAGCUGAGUGGCGGCUCCGGACGCAGUCGAAAAAGUUGUUACAAUGUAGAUGAGGAGGAAGAGGAGGAUAAAGGUGUUGUAAUGUGAGUUUAAAACAGAUCGUAUAAGAGCUGACGGGAAUUGUAAAUUGCCUAUAGAUCAUGCAUAAAGGCUUCUACGGUCGUUUCAACGUUUUUUAGGCAUAUGUGUCUCUAUAGACUAGUGGAUAGUGUGGUUGACUGGACAUUGAAAUGUCGCGGGUUUGAGUCCGGCUGGGCAAAAAAGGCAAUCUCAACUUUUUGGCGGGAAAAUAAUGAGCACGCGUCGCUGAAAUGAAAGACAAUUUUGUUUUGCCUCGACAAAAAUUCAUAUUCUCGGCGGUAAGACGAUUUUGGAUGAGACAGAGUGCUCAUUAUUUUCUCGACAAAAAGACCCAAAAAUUUUAAGCGUAUUUUACAAAUCAGAUUUGGUAACUUUUGGUAUAUCAUAUUCCAUAUUCGGCGAGGGGGUUUUAGCUACUAUACAGGGUGGUUCAGCUAAGUUCGCGGAUGUAAAAUGCUUAUAACUUUAUAGGACUGUUCAAUUUUUAUGAGCAAUAGCUCAUUUUAUUCCUUAGUAGUUACCAUUUUGUUUAAAAAAAGGAUCAUUAAAAAUGAUCAAUCCUACGUCGAGUUAUGACCCUUCAAAGUAAAACAUGCUUUUUCACGCUUCAAUCUGAAAAUUUCCGAAAAAUCUCGAAAAUCGCUUAUAACUUUCGACCGGUCGAUAAUUGUAAAUUGUAAGUUGGCUUCAGAAGUCAUAGAAUUUUGCGUAGAAUACGAUGGAAUAAAAAAUGUAGAGAGCAACAAGGCUGCAGAUAUAUUCCUACACCUCUCUCCACAGCUUACACAGUUUUUUUCUCCUCUUGUGGGGCCCCAAAGGUCUCCACAACUUUAUAUUCAAAAAAUACCCCAAAGGUCUCCACAACUCCCACAGAAAUUAGCAUAAACCAACUCAUAUAAAAGGAACGUCUCGUCACCAAUUAUUAGAACAUAAUCUCAUUUCUCUUCUCGGUGUGGUCUUCUCAAUAAACUUUGUUCCUAAACCUGUGUCUAUCCUCGAUACCUAUCUACGUUUGCCGCACCACCACACACCAAAUUCCACGUAUAUCUAGUACAAACCCAUCUUUGAUCCCAUUGCUCUCCACCUUCCGACUUGACCUCAUCAUAACCUUCUCAAACCUCUCUUCCACAUCAUCUUCAAUCGGCAUUCAAACGCACACAUGUGUACUCUAAAGUGAACACUCUUACGCAAACGUCUCAAAGCCGCCCUCAGGGCAGGACGUUGUAUUCGAAUGUUUCCGGUGUUUUGACUUGGGGUUUAUUUUUCUCCAAAUUCCUGGAGCCCAAAACAUCUGGCCCGCAAAACGUUCCGCUUCUUAUCGGUCCUUCAUUAUCAGCAUCUGCGGAGAAUGUACGGGCUGAGCAUGUCGGUGGAUGUGGACGAGGAGCGCCGCGGGCCGUGGCAGAAGACUGUCAAGGCGCGCAAACAAUCGAGGUCGGUGGUUUGCCGUCUUAAAAUUGGGUCCUAAAAUUAACUCCCAAGCCUUAAUUAAGAGUUUAUUAAUGUUGGGGAGAGAGUGGAGGAGAAUUUAGUCUCUUUUCUGCAAGCUUAGCGGGUUGGCUUGAUAAAUAGUCCGUUCGUUAAGUCUAUGGAGUACUUUUUUGGCGUUUGCACUGUGCGAAAAAAAUCAAGCCACCGUCCGAAAAAGUCUAUUGCACGGUGCAAAAAGCAAAAAAUUGCACAUGCAAAAUAAACUUUUUUCUCACAGGGCACGUUGCCGAAAUCAUGCCCUGUGAGCCGACUCGAAUUUAUCUUUUCCAGAAUAAAGCUUAUUAGAAAGUGCGUAAACUUUUUUUGGUAUUUUUGCCGUACCACACAUUGCAAGUUGCAUGUUUUUCGUAGAGAGAGCUAGAUGUAUGGCAUAGUAAAGUAUGAGAGCCUCUAAAGUCAGUAGUCUUAUUAAUUCCGAUUUUUAACCAGCUAGUCUUGAGCAAUAGCUCAAAGAAACAUCUCUACACAAUUUUUUGACAUGCGUCUUACCAAGGAUCCUUCCCGCCUAGGAUAACAUAAAAAUUUCCGUGGUUUUUACAUUUUAAUUUUGGCAGCAAUCUUCCGGGCGGUUUUUGCGAGAUUCGGCCUCAAAGUUUCAAUACUUACUAGAGUACUCAUAAAAAAGUAGUUACAAAUUUUUCGCAAUGUGCAAUUGGAUGACGGAUUUACAAUCGUUUUUAACACCACUGGCACAUUGAAAACGCGUGUCAUCUCUUUUCUGGACACACAGAGAUUUAUCUGUCUGUCGGAAAAAUAUUGGCGGGUUGCCGUGCCUUGAAAUCGCCAAUCAGCGCUUCGCCACGGCAAGCCGAAGCUGGAGAUUUGAAGUGCGACUGCGCCGUUUUUUUGACGAGGCAAAGCAUUCCUCACUAUUUUCCCGACAGACCGACAAAAUUUCAUCCACUUCUAGGUUGCUUUAGAGAGCUCCUUCUUUCAUAAUCCAACCCCAUCUUUAUUAAUUUCCCGUCCAACUCGCCCCCAGACCCAUCCUGAUCUCCAUGGAAUUUGCUGGUUGUCCCAAAAAUUUCCUCAUUUCCCUGGAUUGCCCUUUUCCGAAAUCUCAUUUGCGGAAGGGGUGGGGUUUCUUCGGCGACUGUUUUUUGCAAAACGGAGCCAAUUUUGUGUUUACAUCGUAUCUAAAAUUUCAAACAUCCUAUCUUCUCUGAUAUCAUCAUUCAUUUUCUUCUAUGUUUGGCUGGCAAAAUUCGGGGCGAGAUGGUGACGAUGACGAGCGCUCGGCUCGCUCCAUUGUCAUCUAUCUCAACGAGAAGACGAAAAGUAAAACGUCGUUGUGUUCGUGUUUUAAGAAGGACAAGGUUAACACGGUCACAAGGUAAUCGUUGUUGUGGCAUUUUUAUCAGGUCGUCGGGAAAAUAAUGAGCACUCAAGCCGAUCGUAUCGCUGAAAUGAAAAGCAAUUUGAUUUCCCCGUGACACAAUUCAUUUCCUCGGCGGCGAUGCGAUUUUCGUUGCGACAGAGUGCUCAUUAUUUUCCCGACAGACUGAUAUAUGCAGCCACGUAGUGGUUUUAAUUCAAAGUUGAGUCUUGGGACCUUGAAAAUUGUUUUGUUGCAGACAGGUUUUGUUUUCUCAGAAUUUCUUUGUCUCAGAGAUUUGACUUUGAGGUGCUAGUACACAGUCUGUCUGGAAAAUAAUGUGGAUUUGGCGCAGCAAAAAGUCUCGUCUCGUAGCGGUUGUGCGCAAAAUCUCCAGCCUCGGCAAGCUGAUGAUGGGCGAUUCCUAGGAGCUAGACAAAACUACAUUAUUUUCCCGACAGACUGGUAAUGCCUAUUUAAAGCACAAUUUCUCUGUUUUUUCGAAAAGAAAUAGUCUUUUUCCCGAGCCUACAGCACGUGGCUAACAAACAAAUUGACUAAUUUUAUAUAUAUAUAUCUAUGUACGCUUCGUAUAGCCUUUGUCCUUGUUGAAAGGCCCAUUUUGUAGUCCAUUGUUCUAAAAUUUCUCUUCUUUCCUAACUACGCCUCCUCAAGGCCAAAGAACAAAAUUAGAGAAAGCGAAAGCUCUAAUAGCGAUUUGUUAGCAUGUCGGGAAAAUAUUGAGCAUAAUAUCGCUGGCCGAGAGCGCCGCUGAAUUGAAAAGAAAUUUGGUUUUUUCACAAGACAAUUCAUUUUCUCGGCGAUGCGAUUUUGCUGCGACAGAGUGCUCAUUAUUUUCCCGACAAACUGAUAACUCUCGCUGUAAUUGUAAAUGCAGCGGUAAAGUAAUCAAAAAAACUUAUUCUAUAGCGCCAAUAGAGCCCUAGCUCAUGCUACUAGCUAACAACAGACAACAUUAUGCUCAAAAAACCCUUGUAUUUUUUCAGUAUGUCGCCCCUCGCCAACGGGCAUCACAACCCAUCGUCGUUGAUGCUGGGCGGCGUGAAGGACACAUCAACCGACUCCUCGUCGAUAGCCAUCCGCGGCGGCGAGUUCGUCCCAGAACUGGGCCAACCCAGUCUCUCCGACGACGAGAUUGUCACCAUCAACGUGGCGGGAAUGAGAUUUCAAACCAUGGAGUCGACCCUGCGACGAUUUCCGUGCUCAGUACUGGGAUGUCCGGCAAAACGGAAACGAUAUUGGAAUUCCACAACAAACGAGUACUUUUUUGAUCGGCACAGGCAAAGGUAGGCAACAAUUUGUCUAGGUUUUACGGCCGGGUGAACGAAAUGUCACAAAAUUUUUUUCUAUAACUCGUCGGAAAAUCAAUUUGCAACAGUUUGAAAGUGUCAAAUAGCUAGCAAAAUACAUCCUAAUCAGCCCAAAAAUUAUUUUUACAUUCCUUUCUUUAUGUGGGAAAGCAAAAAAAUUUUGUGACAUUUUGUCCACCGAGCCGUAAAAUCGAGAUUCAAAUGUGUAAUAGCUAUUUUGGUCUUGUAAAAAAAUCGCAUUACGUCCGUAUUUUACAACAAAUUCCACGAAAAAAUUUAUGCUUCGGAGGCGUUCUUUGGCGUUUCUCUCCGAGCGCUUUGACUUCCGGCUUGGCUAUUGCCCUUCCUCGCAUGGUCAAACUCCGCAUAAUCCGUGAAUUUUGCCUUUCAAAAGCAAAGUUUUAUUUACUUCCGGAAAAAAGGAGGAACACAACGAUAUAAAGGAGUCAAAGUUCAGUAAAAUGACUGUCUAUCAGUGGGUCGGGAAAAUAAUGUGGAUUUGUCGCGGCUUGGAAUCGCCCAUCAGCGCUUUGCAAGGGCUUGUCGCGGCAGGAUUUUGUGUGACGAAGCGAGAGAUUUUGCUGCGACAACUCCACAUUAUUUUUCCCAACAGUUUGAUAGGUGAUCAAUUAAAAUAUUAAAAUUUAAUUUCUACAAGCUAUGAUUCAAAAUUGAGCGCCCCACUUAAAGCACCUUCCCUAUCAACCAAAAAACACAUCACUAGCACUGAUCAAAGAUCUCUCAAUUUCAGCUUCGAAGCAGUUCUGCACAUCUACCAGACGAACGGCCAAGUGAUCCGACCGGAAGCUGUCCCCAUUAACUUAUUUUUACGCGAAUUAAAAUUCUAUGAAUUUGAUAACGAUGUAAUGUCCAACUUCUGGGAGUCGGAGGGCUAUCAAAAGCCAGCCGAAGAGGAGAUGCCGAAUGGGAAAGUGAAGCGAAAAAUCUGGGAGCUCAUGGAGCACCCCGACUCCUCCAUUGCUGCGAGGAUUUUGGCGUUCAUUUCGAUGUUUGUUAUUACUGUGUAAGUGGGAAAUACUGCUACUAUGUUGUCUAAAAAUACUUACAUUUUUUGACGCUACGACUUUUUGGGCCAGCGGCAGUUCGGGUCAAUGAUGGUUCGUUGUUUUAUGCAAGGGGGAGGCUAGGAGAACGCUUAGUUAGUAGAAAUAAUAGGAUCCAUCGGGUCUUAGGAUAUCUUAUCACCUAUUUUGAGGAAUUUUACAUGUACUCACACCAAUAAUAUCUAGAAAAAAAGUUAUGGAUCUUUGUUUUUUGCAGCAAGCUUUGGUCUUUUCUAUCUUACAAAAACCCAAGGAAAGAAAACAAAGGUUUGCAAUAGCUCAAGUAAGAAAAUGAGGUCGUACUUAUUCACCCUGCAUCCACUGGCUUUUCCAGGCCUCUUAGACACUCGCUACAAGCUUUUUUGGUCUUCAACUACCCAUGCCCCGUAUCAAUCGAUUUUGUGUUAUAAUAAAUCGGUCAUCAGCCUAAAAGUCGGGACACGAACUUUUCUGUUCCCUUACGGUUCGUGGUACAGCGAGUUGACUGUAUUUAUUAUAAUUUCAAAAACUCAAUCAAAUAAUGCGUACAUAUUUCAGUUCGAUCAUAUCGUUUUGCUUGGAAACAAUUCCGGACUUCAAGGAGUCGGAAAUGACGUCGCGUCAAUGGUCCUCGCCCUUCUUCUUCAUCGAGUUCGUUUGUUGCAUCUGGUUCUCCGCUGAGCUUAUUGUCCGUUUCAUCAGCUGUCCAGACAAGAUCAAAUUCUGCAAGUCAUUUCUGAACUUGCUCGACUUCAUCGCUGUGGUACCGUUUUUCUUCAACUUGAUAUGGUAAGGAGUUAUGACGCUUUUUCUAUAAUGAGCACUCUGUCGCAGCUAAAAUCGCAUCGCCGCCGAGAAAAUGAAUUUUGUCGAGGAAAAAUCAAAUUUCUUCGGCGCAGCGAAAUUUUGCUCGUUCUCUCCCCGACAGCCUAAUAGUAUACAUGUUUUUUCCACCUACACGUGCUCAAUUUCAGGUCCGGCGAUGAGGAAAACAGCCACGAGUCCAAGUCUUCCAUUUCCUUCUCCGUUCUGCGGGUAAUCCGAUUGGUUCGAGUGUUCCGCAUCUUCAAAUUGAGUCGUCAUUCGGUGGGGCUGCAAGUGCUGGGCAAGACGUUCCGUGCCUCCAUCCAGGAGUUCUGCCUUCUCAUCUUCUUCAUGGUGAUCGCAUUGGUCCUGUUCUCCUCCGGGAUGUACUUUGCGGAGCAGAACGAACCAAACUCCAAGUUUACGUCGAUUCCGGCCUCCUUCUGGUUUGUCAUGGUAUGUGGUAACGGUUGCACUUAUUUUUUAUGUUUCUUUUUUGAAAUAUACAAUGCUCUUACCUCGUAAUUAUUAUCAAUUUUCAGGCAACAAUAACAACGGUCGGCUUUGGCGACUUGGUGCCGACAAGUCCCCAAGGGAAGGUGGUUGGGUCCUGUUGCGCUUUGAUUGGUGUCCUCACUCUUGCUCUCCCAGUACCAAUCAUUGUAAGUAAACAUAUAUCUUGUUGUUUAUUUUCAUAAAGUUCAGGAACGUUUGUUUUUUUUCACAGUGCAUUUUGAACUUUUUCCCACGCCUGUCGCCAAUGCACAGUGCAUUUCUCUUUUCGCACAGUGCAAAUCUCAAAAAAGGCGUUUGCACGUUUGCACUUGUGUAUGUCGCAGCGAUAUUUCAAUGCACAGUGCGAAAACGAAAAAAAGUAAAAUGCACGGUGCAAAAUGGGUGGGUAAAAAACCUUUUUUUUGCACGGUGCAAACCGCGAUAAAAUUCCCAUCAACUUGAUGAAAAUACAAAUAAAUCUCCCUGUGUCCGGAAAAUGUGUCACGAUGACAUCUGUUACAAACUGUGCCAGCGGUAAAAAACGGUUGCAUAUGGCUAAGAGUACUUCCCAGAGCACGUCAAAAAAUUUCUGACAUAGUAAAGGUCAUCAUAGCUGAAAAAAUCCAGAAAAUCCGUCAUCCAAAUUGCCCAUUGCAAAAGUUGUGAACCUAAAUCUUUUGUGGGUACUCUAGGGAGUACAAACAGACAUAUAAAGCCGGUGUUUAUACCAUUGCCACAAUUUAAAUUGAUGUCAUCGUGACACAUUUUCUGGACAAGGAUUUAUAGGGUCCUAAAGUUAUAUAAGUCAGAAACCAUCCGUCAAAAAUCCCAUUGAACAAUUCAGAACCGACUGUAACACUGUAUUUUUCCAGGUUGCCAACUUCAAACACUUCUACCGCCAAGAAUGUCGUCUCGCCGCGCUUUAUGCUCAAAAUUUGAGCGAAAUCGAGGAAAUUCAAGCGCUAAAAGACGUCGAAGCCAACAACCAUCCCCUAAAAGAGGGCGCCAUCGGCAUCAACUCAAACAAUAAACCGGAAAUGAACAACAUCAAGACCAUCUCCUACAACAACAACCAGCCCAGCAAGGUCAUGGUGAAUAUCAGCGAAGAGCCGGAGCAGAACAGCUAA